AGGUCAUGGAUGCGAAGAAUAGCGUCACCUUGUGAGUCUGGCUGUAAAACACAGUCUGGGAGAGGAAAUUCUUAGGGAAUAUUAUACAUACAUAUUCAUACCUGAGCGGUGGGGAUUGUUAGCUAGUAGGCUCCCUCGUACAGUUUUUGGUGAACAUCUGUUUUAAACACAACUUAGCGUGUAAACAGAUGUGUGUGUGUGUGUGCUGAAGCUGCUCCAGCCCGUGGAUGUAACGGCAGCUCCAGCCAGACAACCGUCGCGGACGCACAGCCACGGCAGUGCCCCCGCCCCUGCCCUGACCAUGCACCCUACAUACACCGGAUAGAGGAUAACGGUGGGACACGGAAAAGAUUUGGAUAAACUUUUGGGGUUUUAUCGGAAGAAAGUAGCCUUGCGAUACACAAACAUUAAUCCUGGUGGCCGCAUGUGAGUGCUGCUUGAAAGCGACAACUCAGCGAGCUAACGGGCUAGCCUGCUAAUCGCUAGCCAGCUAGCUUUGUUAGUUGGUGGUCGGGGGCCCUGUUGUACUUCGCCUUACACUUUUACCUUCACCUGUUCCGGACAAUUCAAGGAACAUGGAUUUCCCAGGUCACUUUGAGCAGAUCUUUCAGCAGCUGAAUUACCAGCGUGUCCAUGGCCAGCUGUGCGACUGUGUUAUAGUCGUGGGCAGCCGUCACUUCAAGGCCCACCGCUCAGUGCUGGCAGCCUGCAGCACCCACUUCAGAGCCCUGUUCACUGUUGCAGAGGGAGAUGCUAGCAUGAACAUGAUCCAGCUGGACAGUGAGGUGGUGACAGCUGAGGCUUUUGCCGCCCUGGUGGACAUGAUGUACACCUCAACACUGAUGCUGGGAGAGAGCAAUGUAAUGGACAUCCUCCUUGCAGCCUCACACCUGCACCUCAACAAUGUAGUCAAAGCCUGCAAACACUAUUUGACCACCCGCACCCUGCCCAUGUCCCCAUCAUCUGACAGACCCACCCAUCGCCACCCUCAACAGGACCAGCCGAGACACAGGCAGCAGCAACAGCAGCAACAAGUAGCAGAUUUAGCAGUGAAUCCUAAUCUAGCAGCUAAUGCCAAUCUUGCAGCUAAUGCUGCUACAUCCAGGUUGCAGCGCUCCUUCCUUCUGCAGCAGCUGGGGCUGAGUUUGGUGAGCUCUGCCCUAGGGGGGAUGGAGGAAGAUGGGGUGGGCAACGUAGUUGGCAAUGGAGUAGUUGAACAGAGAGCUUCCUUUCCAAUCAGACGCUUCCACAAGCGUAAGCCCUCUCAUGCCCUGGCCAUAUCAGAUGACAGACCUCGGCAGAGGGCGCGUCCCUCUGCCCCUCCUCGGGGUUUGCUGGGAGAGGAAGGGGUUAAUGUUGAGCGGGAGGAAGGAGCACUGCUCUCUCCGGAUUCCCAUAAAAUGGGAGAUGAAUCGAAAUUGGAUGCUGCAAUUGCGGGCCUAGUGGGGGUGUCCCCAGAUGAUCCUCAAAUGCCUAGCCAGUCAGACAGUGGUCACUGUGAAGGAGAGGACUCAGGGAGGAUGCAGGGAGGAGUGGGGAAGGAGGAGUACAUGGAAGACGGGGAUCACCAGGACAAUAGAGUUGGGACUAAGAUUAAGUCUGGGACGGAGGAAGAGGAAGAGGUGGAAGCACAGGAACAGAAGGUGGUGGUAAAACGAGAACCACUGAGCUCCCCUGAGCCAACAGAUGAAACCAGUGAUGUAACAUCACAGGCAGAAGGCAGCGACACAGCUGCGCCCGGAGGCCAGGAGGAGGAGGAGAAGGUGGAGCUGAGCCCAGAGAGCAGCGACCGCAGCUUUACCUCUGACCCCCAGUCCAGUUCUGACCCUCUGCUUAAGCCCAGCUCCCAGCUCCUCCUCAAGACCAGUAUGGGUGGAGGCGCUGGGGCUGAAGGAGGUGGAGGAGGUUUUGGGUGUAGCAAUGGAUUGAAUGGCAAAUCUGGUUUCAGCAUUUCCAGUUUUCUCAGCCCUAAGGGUUUCAGGGGUGGCGAGGCAGGCUUGGUUGCUGGGGACGAUGACCUCCCCAACACAACAACUGGUGAUGCAGCCACACAUCACUUCCUGCUUGGACAGGAAGCUGCUGGGACAUCUGCCUCUGCUUCUAGCUCUCUCCUGCAAUCCAGUUCACUGAACUGUGAGAAUCAUAGCAGUUUUGGAGACAGCCUCCAGGCUGAUUCUCUUUUCCUUCGACCCCUGCAUGACGGGUUGGGAAGCCCCAGAGGAAGUGGAGGAAGUGGUGGAGGAGGAGGGGUAGACCCCUUUGGUUUGGACUACCAGCGCUCCAGUCUGGGGCUGCACUCCCUGGCACGAGCCACAAGAGGGGCUGGAGGAGCCGCUGCUGCUUCUCUGGGCUACCCAGGCUACCGUCGCAUAGCUCCCAAAAUGGCCAAUGGCAUGGGAGGAGAAGGAGAUGUGGGUGCUGUGCUCCAGGAUGCUGCCUCCUCCUCCUCAAGUCUAGGAGGGCCCCUGCUUCUCAAUGAGAGCGGUGGUUAUGAGAUGAACAGCGGCAGGCCCACUUCCCUUCCCCCUCAGCUGACACGAGCCUCUGCCGAUGUGCUGUCCAAGUGUAAGAAGGCUCUGUCAGAGCACAAUGUCUUAGUUGUGGAGGGAGCCCGAAAAUAUGCCUGCAAAAUCUGUUGCAAAACCUUCCUCACCCUGACUGAUUGCAAGAAGCACAUUCGGGUCCACACAGGAGAGAAACCCUAUGCUUGUCUCAAGUGUGGAAAGCGCUUCAGUCAGUCCUCCCAUCUAUACAAGCAUUCCAAGACAACCUGUCUACGCUGGCAGAACAGCAACACGCCCAAUGCCCUGCUAUAGAACUGAGACAGCUGCAUCAAAACACCAUCUAUUCCCCCGCUCCUUAGAGCAAAUCAUGGUAUGGAACUAAUCAGGCAAGCUCUCAGUCACAGUGGUGCCUCCCCUGCCUGUUCAUGUGGCCUGUCAUUUGUUUUGUUACCCACUCCCCUCUCCCGACACACACACGCACACACAUACAAGGAAUUAUCCAGCAGCUGUCAUUACCAGCUGUGAUGUAUACAGUAUAUGGAAGCCCCGCUUCCCCAGCAAGUUUGCCAUCAUUACUCUUCUGCUGCCUCUGGACCUCGCAUCUUGGAAACUUCUGGGCUCUUCUUUUGGAUGCGGUAAACCCCAGUUGUAUGUAUCCUUGAUUCAGAUAUGGAUUCCAGAUAUAUUGCUUCUAAAAAGGAAGUAUUAAUCCAGAAACUGUUAAGCAUCUAAACUUGUGUAAGAACUGGUGGUAGUUUUGUGCGUUCUUGAUGUUUCUGUGUACUGUAGAAAGAGAGAGGGUCAAGCUCUAUCCUGUGUGCUUGUUGCUACCUCCAUUCCCUUAAGAAAGGGUGGAAAGCCGAAGAUGUUAAUGAGGAGGAGUUAGACCAUUCCUCUUCUCGUACUAAAUCAGUUCAAAUCCAUGUGAGAUGUUUGACAUCUGAAGUUGCCUUUGCGUACAAGCACCUUUUUAAUCACCAGUGGUUUUGUUUAGGUUACAGAAGGGGAGAGCUAAUUUGUCCCGGCUGGCUUUCUUUACUUGUAGUAUCAGUGACUCAGAGCUCUUGCAUGCAAAAAUAAGGUUUGCACUGACAGGGCAUUGGGUCUGUAAGUGACUUAGCUGACGAGUCACUGCUGUGGCCCAUCGUGGAUGGUGUAAGAGACUCAGAUUGUGUUUAUGUAAUAGUCUGCAGCUGCAAAGAUUUAAACAGACAAAUCAGGUUUUUGCUCCUGAAAAGUUUUAACAUGUUAACAUAGCUAGCUUGCAAGCGUAAACUAGGUAGCACUGAGUGAAAACAUACAGAAAAAAAACUCUUGUCGACAUAUUAAUUAUCUAAUGUUUAUUCCGGCUGUUGACCACUGGGAAGUUUUGAAUGACUGUAACCAACUUCUUAACCAUUUUGCAAUUGCCUGUUGGAACUAUUUAUAAUACAAUGAAGGCACAUCAGUCGAGCAACAAACAAGCAUGAAAAUCUGAGCAUCUGUUCCCCCGUCCCAAUUCGGCCCUUAAACGCUGACGCCCAGGAAAUAUACUGUGCGGCUGUAAACUACAAAAAGAACAUUCCAGUGCUGCAUCCUUUACACAGACAUGUUGAGAAACAUGUCUUUUCUUAGUAGUAUGGUAUAUUUAUAUCAGAGUCCUAUGGAUGGAACUGGAUUAAAAAACAACAUAAAAGUUAAAUUAAAGAAAUAAUGAGAAUCAGCCACACAUAAUUUAAAUAAAUGGCGAAAUUGUAAAAUGUGUUGUUUGAGUGUUUACUCAGAUUUUCAAUGUCAGCUGUGAACUUUACAUGUUUUCAGGGGGAAAACAUUAAUUGUUUGUCCCGUGGUUUAACCAUGUUUCCCCAUUUGAUCAUUUCAUAUUUGUGAAACAGUCCAAUGAAAUUUGUACAGUUCCAAAUUGUUCAGAUAAAAAGUGGCACAUUCAUUAAUUAAGGUACUUAAUUUAAAGCCGUAUUUGUAGGAAGUUGGCUUCUCCUUUGCCACGCUCUCCGCUGUGGGUAAUUUUGGUAUCCAAGUGCCUGCUGGGGGCAGCUCUUGCUUACCAGCACUUUUAAUUCCUUCAGUUUCAGUGGAACGCAGGUGGCUUUAACAGCCACUACCGCUCGCUUCAGUUGGCUCACUUGGUAAUGGGACCUGGUUGAACUUAGUGGUGGUGAGUGAGCAAAUCUAUGAUUGGUACCUAGGUUUAGUGUUGAGGGGUGGAAUUGGAACAAGGGUUAUCAAGUGUCCUGCAGUAAGCAAACCCAAACAAAAGUAGUACUUUGUCCAUUUCUGAUUUAAGUUUGAACUUGCAAUAGAACAGUAUAAAGUGAAUAUAUACUCCUGUAAAAGCUCGUGAAGUUGCUCUCAAAUGCUGACAUGGUUUGAUGUCUGUUGCUGGUAACACUGAACAGUUGCAUCAGCAAAGCUAGACAUUUACAUCACCCUAAUUUCUUAAUCAGUUUAAGUUUAUGUAUCAUGUUCAUGUUUUCAUCUAGUCAGCGAUAUAGUUAUCCCCUCACAGCUAAAUGAACUUCAGCUCGACUUGGCUCCCAGCCAGGCACAAAGGACUAAGGGUUGCAGAUUGCAGGAGGCCCCCUAGUUGCUCCUGAUUGGCUCUUUACAGUCAACAACCGCCAAAUGUCCAGCCAUGGCCAACUUUCUUAGCUGACAAGCUUGUUGACCGUCCAAACACCAGCUGAGUGUCUCUGGUCGCUCAGCUGUGUGGUGAAUGAAUGAACUCCUCGUGAGCUGUUGAGUGUGUUGCUGGUAAUCUGAAUGCAUGGUAAGAUUAAAAAUGUGCCGACAAAGGCAUCGUUAAGAGAAGGUCUUCGAAUAGGUGGCUUUGAGCUGAUGUGACUUCUGUUUGUUUUCAUUUGCACUUUGUGUGUCUAUGCGCGCAAGAUUGUGUUUGUGUUUGAAAAGGGCAGUGAUGUUGAGUCCAGCAUUUUGUACUGAGAGGCAGAGUCAACCGAACUUAGCUGGUUGCAGACUUUUUUUUUUUUUUUUUUUUUUUUUGGUGUACAGCACUUGUUGAACAGUGCUUUCAAAGUGUAAAUAUGACACAUUUGUGAUGUCUGUCAUUUUCACUUGGAACAGAAAUAUAAAAAACAACACAUAAUGAACUAAAUGUUGUGUAAAAGUUUGCUACUCUACUUGGUAUCAGUGCUUUCUACAUAUCUCUUAUAUGUCAAAUGUUUCAUCCAUAACAAAACAAAGGCACUUAGAGACAAAUCUUUGUUUUUUAGGAUAGUCCAAAAAUGUUUACUGGAAUGUUGAACUAUGUGAAAAUAUUGCUGUUUUUCAAUUAUCCAACUCUACAUCUCUGAUGUCUAUUACAAUAGGUGUCCAAGCCAAAGCGAGUUUGUUGCAUUGUGGUCUUCUAACUAGGUGAUUUUUUUAUUUAUGUCAUUGAAGGAAAACCCAAAAGGAAAGACUUCUAAAGAAUGGAAAUCUAACUGGAAGUGUGGGAGUGUUUGUUCUGUUUAUUUGUUUGUUCAUUUGAUUUACAAUUUGUGCUUGUUUCUGAAUGCAGGAUGGUAACACUCCCCUCAGCCCCAUUUUAACUCUCAUAGAAACCAAACAAUAUAUAAUUUAAUAAGAAAUUAUAUAUAUAAGAAAUUCCCCAUAGAGCAAAACACCACCAUGUGGGGAAGGAAUCUUAAUUUGCCUUUUAUAAGAAUAAGCAUAAUUAAAGUCAUCAAACAAUCAUCAAUCUCAGUUUUAGAGUCCUGAUUUCCAACUGGUUGGAAACAAGAGAGGCUCCAUGGGUAGAAAGUUGGGUAAUUGAGAUCAGCAUUCAUGCAGUGCUGUAGACUUCUGCUUUAGUGAAGUGGAGGAAAAAAUGAAGAAGAAAGAAAACACCUUAAUUACACGUUUGCCUUUUUGUAUACUUUAUUUCGUGUCAUAUUGUGUCACCUGCACUGUCACUGAGAAUUACAAGGUCCUUGCUUCCAUUCCUAGUUGGCACCUUAUUGUACAGUCGUUACACUGUUAGUCUGUACAAAACGAUCUGACAGUUUUAUUUGAGGCAAGUAAAUGGAUAAUUCUGCCUUUUUAUUUUGCUAGAAAAAUAACUGCCUUGCAGGAUGUUCUUACUGUAAACAUAAGCUAGUAUACUGUUUCUUUGAGUAAGUCUUGAAUAUACAGAACCAAUAGUAUUUCAGUCACACUGAGGAUAUUUUCUAGCUUGUCUUGAGUGUUUAAAACAACCACUGAUGGUUAAAUCUUGAAUCUGACUUCUGUUCCUUAGUGUUCAUAUUCAAGAGAAAGGAGGCUGUGAUAGACCCAAUAGCAUAAAUAUUGUUAUUAUUAUUAUUUUUUUGUUUGUUUUAAAGACAUGGAGGGGAGGGGAUAUACAGAACCAAUGAGAGAUUAAGUCAUCCAAAAUGGCUUCCAUGUCUCACACAGUGGCCUGAACAGAUCUGUUAUGGUGCUGUCUUCUGAAACUGUUGCAUGGACAGUUUACAGUAUGUGAAUCUAUGAAAAAUGCACUGAAAUAUUGUUAAUUUAUUACCCCUGUAUAAAUAUGCCAAAACUAAAAUGUGUACAAGGCCUAAAUUGACCAUCAAAUUCACUGCCUUAUGUGCUCUAGCUUGAAAAGCUGAGCUUUUAUUGAUAUGCCAAAAUUGAAGGAUUUUGUUCUUUCUGUAUACCUAACAUAGUGUAACCAUGAGAGAACUAAAUGUUUGUCUCUUUACUGUUGAAGGUUAUGAAGGAUGUACAGUAUUUUCAGUUGUUGUAUAGACUGAAUUAAAAAAAUGAAAUUUUA